UGAGGGCAGCUAAGGAGGAGUCUUCAAAGCUAAAGGAACAAGUAAAAUUGACAGAGCUACCUAGAUCCAACAGGACAGGCAGUCUUUGCAACAAAGACAGCUAGCCAGCUUGAAGUGGUCGUGUAUUGCAGGUCAAUAAUGGAAAGUGGUCGCUGUGGAGGGAUUAUAUAGGUAAUAACUGGGAUCUUCACAUCAUGAAGCUUUGAAUAUGAAAAGCAGCCAUACCAACCUCUCUUGCAUUUCACAUGAAUGCAUGGAAUCCUAGAAAACUCCCGGGAAAACUAACACUGAGGGUUAAAAGAGAAGACGUGCGUGUGAGAAAGGAGCUCAUUGCCCCGGCCCCGUUUUAUAAUGAACGCUGGGGUGCCGAGGAAACCCCUUCCCAGGCGGCAGCAGAGAAGGAACCAGAGGACAAUUUUGGCGCCUGCGCUGCAGCAGGGGCGAGUAAAGGUGGAGACGAGCCCGGGAAGUUGCCAGAGCAGGAAGAGGAGGAAUCUCAGGUUUUGCACGGAACAGGCCAUUGCAAGUGGUUCAACGUGCGAAUGGGAUUCGGGUUCAUCUCCAUGAUCAACCGGGAAGGAAACCCUUUGGAGUCUCCAGUUGAUGUUUUUGUACACCAAAGCAAGCUUUACAUGGAAGGAUUUAGAAGCCUAAAAGAAGGAGAACCAGUGGAAUUUACUUUUAAGAAAUCUUCCAAAGGCCUUGAAUCAAUACGGGUAACAGGCCCUGGUGGGAGCCCCUGUUUAGGAAGUGAGAGACGACCCAAAGGGAAGACAGUACAGAAAAGAAAACCAAAGGGAGAUAGAUGCUACAACUGUGGUGGCCUUGAUCAUCAUGCUAAGGAAUGUAGUCUACCUCCACAGCCAAAGAAGUGCCAUUACUGUCAGAGCAUCAUGCACAUGGUGGCUAACUGCCCUCAUAAAACUGUUUCACAACAGCCCACUAGUUCUCAGGGAAGAUAUGAAGCAGAACCACAGCCUUCCACUUCUGCUUUCCUGAGAGAAGGGGGAGGGGCUUACGGCCAUUCAUCUCCAUCAUAUUCUCAGGAGGGAAAGUCAGAGAUCUUAGAACGUUCAGGCAGGUCACCACAAGAAGCUUCCUCCAGUAAGUUAUCUGCAUCACCUGAAGAACAAAGCAGAAAGGGACCUUCUGUUCAAAAAAGGAAAAAAACUUAGAGCUUUGUUGUAACCUUUCAUUUUCCCUACCCUCUUGGAAUGUCUACCUCAUGCAAGAACAGGGGAAGUAAUUUCACUAUCAGUAGCUGACCUGAAAUUUUAACUACUGUUGAGGAACUGUGAAUUUAUUUUUUUUAAUAGACAAAUCACUCCAAGCAAAUUACAUUU